AGAAGUGCAAAGGAAUUGAAAUGCAGCCAGCCAGUGAAGUCAAGCCAAGGUUUGGAAUUUUUCAGGCGCGCCGCCCAGUGCGUGGUUUCCUUGUGUAUCCCGUGACUCCAACCAAAGGCUAACAUUUGUUGCAUCUCUCUUCAUUCCUUGUUCUGUUCGCAAUCCAAUGGCCAAUAUUACCGAAAUGGCCGUUACGGCAAGUGAGCUCGAUGACGAAGGCUAUAAAUCUCAAACUAUUGUUGUUCGACGCGAACCUUGGUGGCGACAUCCCACUUUAAUAUUCGUCUUGAAGUCCACAGCUAUCAACUUUAUCCUACCCUUCAUUAACGGAGUCAUGCUUGGCUUCGGUGAGAUUGCGGCAAACGAACUGGCUUUCCGGUUUGGUUGGUUUGGGCUUUCUCGAGCUUCCUCAGUGACGGCAUUGGGCUUACGUGGUUCAGUUCCAGCUAGCGCUACCGCAACUUACAAAAGUGUGACAGAAAAGGAGCUUGCAGCCUUGAACAAGAAGGAUGAUGUUCUUGCGUUAGAAAAGAAUAGAAACGCUGAAUUGUAGAGCAAAUACCAACCCCUCCCCACCACCAUUAUAUGAAUUUUCACGUUUCUCUGUACCUGCAAAGGACUUGCUUUUUUUUUUUGGGAAAAUUUAUUCUGCCUGCCUCAUUAAAAAAAAAACUGUGCUUCACUUGCUUGUCUUUUUUUUUUAAAAAACACUAUGGGUCAUUCUGAAAAGAAGAAAGAAAAGAAAGAAAAGAAGGAAAAGAAGGCAGUAGAGUCUCCAGAAGAGGUUGAAGUCAAGGUAAAUUCAGUUGCGUGC